AAGGCCCGCAAGGAAGCGGAGGACAAGGCCAAACAAGAAGCGGAGGAGAAGGCCCGCAAGGAAGCGGAGGAGAAGGCCCAGAAGGAGGCAGAGGAGAAGGCCAAGCAAGAGGCGGAGGAGAAGGCGCGCAAGGAAGCGGAGGAGAAGGCACAAAAGGAAGCUGAGGAGAAGGCCAAGCAGGAGGCGGAGGAGAAGGCGCGCAAGGAAGCGGAGGAGAAGGCACAAAAGGAAGCCGAGGAGAAGGCCAAGCAAGAGGCCGAGGAAAAAGCCCGUAAGGAAGCGGAGGAGAAGGCCAAACAAGAGGCGGAAGAGAAGGCUCGCAAGGAAGCGGAGGAGAAGGCGCAAAAGGAAGCCGAGGAGAAGGCGAAGCAAGAGGCCGAUGAGAAGGCACAAAAGGAAGCGGACGAGGUGGUCCGCCAGGACGGAGAGACCAAAAAAGAAGAGGACCCAUUCGCUGACUUUGCGGAGACAGAGCCUUCAGUAAAAGCUGAUGGCGGUGGAGCGUCUGUAGUGAAGAAAGAAGACGAUUUGGCAGACCUGCUGGGCUAA